GAAACAGCAGAUCACAUUGUGACCGCACAUCUACGUCGAGUAGAACGUCAGCAGGCCCGAUUAGCAUCCGAUGUGAAAGAAGACACUGCAUUGGAAACUGAAAACGAGGCAGAUGACACCAGCUUACAACGUCUGCUUGUAGUGGCUCAGGAGAUCGCGGCAAGCACGACUCAAUUGGUGGUGGCCAGUCGGGCUCAAGUUUCCGACCGUAGCUCGUUUGGUCUAGCCAAGCUGCUAGAGGCAGGCAAAGAUGUAGGAAAGACGAUUAACCAUUUGAUUUCGGCAGUAAAACAGGUCAUGGACAGACGCGAGAAAGCCGACGGUAAUUAA